AUGAAGUUUUCGUCAAUCCUUCUGUUUCUGUUGAUUUCAACACAGCUCAGUCUGGCACUAUCACUACCACUGAACGAUGGAACGUCCGAUAUUAUCCUCGACAUUGACAACAUAUUUACUCAGAGGUUUGCUUCUGAAGAGAAAGAAGAUAUUUACAACAUUAUAAACAAAAGGGAUACAACGCUGACCAUCGAGUCUGUUCUCAAUGCUCUAAACAGAUCCGAUAUAGUCUUCGAUGUGUUGAACCUUGUAGCUUACAAUCCAAGACGAAUUUCGGCGAUUGCAAAUGUAACUUCAAGUUUAGUCGGGGACCUUAAUUUCACAGCAAUGACUCAGUCUGCAUCGAAGCUCAAUUUGGAUCUCAAUUACACCAAAAUAUACAAUGGACUCAUGGAUUCCGGAGUAGUAAGCUCGCUUCUCCGUGGUAUUCUAUUGGAUGAAAGUUACAGGCCUGUGUUGGUCAAAUUGAUCAACAGGAUAUUGGAAGGAAACAAAAAUGUUCUCAAUUACGUUGUCAAAGACGUUUUCAAGAAGUCCAAACGAGAUGAGUUAUUCGAAAAGAGAGACAAUGAGGGCUCAUUAGAAUCAUUUGUGGCUGGAAUUCUAUCAAGCAUCUUGAACUCUGACUUGGUAGGCGGAAUAGCUCUGGAUACUUUAGUUGCACUCAACAACACCCAAUUUCUAACCUACACGGUUAAAAAAUUUGUGGCCAAUGAAGGAUACCAGAAUAUGACCGCUCAGCUUGCUUUGGAUAUGAUAAACUCCGGUAAUAUCCAAAUCAGUCUGAAUGCAUUAAAUGUCACAGGGCUAUUAGACAAGGUACUCAGUAAACCAACUGUUAUUAUUAGCUUAGUGAGCAAUGUUUUAUCCGGAAACUUGCAACUUCCAGCUUUAGGACAGUACACAUCUGCAAUCAAGUCCAUCAUCUCUGAUGUCGAAGAUAGUGGAACUUUCGCCGAUCUCAAUCAAUAUCUCUUUGCUGAGAAUCACUCAGUGACUAAGCCUCUUCUCCCCACAGACCAAAUUGUGAUUGCUUCCACUCCUCUGCGUUCAGCAAAACUGACUGCAACCAACGGAACAGGGAUUUAUGGCUUAUUAAGUAACAAAACUACCUCUCUGUCUGCAAAAUCUACAAUAUCUGGUCUGUCCUCGAGUGCGGCCAGUCCUGGAAACCCCUUGAUGGGACUUUUGGGAGGUCUAUUAGGAGGAGGCUCGGCUACUACCUCUUCCCUGAAGAGUACAACAUCUUCAGCAUCUGCCUCAAACGCAAUUGGAAUUCUUGGCUUGCUUGGAGCUCUCCCAACAACAACUUCUCUGCUGACGACUACUCGAGUGAAUACACAAGGCAGCGGCAAUGCAUCACUUUCACCCAGUGAGUCUCUGGCGGAGGUCAAUUCCAUUUUGUCUCUUUUAAGAGCCAGCUCUGCUCCAAAUUCAAACGCUCAAACCACAAGUACAGCUUCUCCUUCUACAGAUGAUGCCAACCUUCUUUCGCUUCUAGGAUUAUUAUCGCUGACAAAAGGGCGCAACCGUAUGGAGGCUGAAAGUACGCUGUCUGAAGCAAAGGGAGUUGUUAAAGCUCAAAGCGGGUCCAAUGGUGCAAACUCCUUGCAUGCAUUCUCCUUCUUGAAUCUCGUCCUUCUUUGCGCCUCAAUCAUACUCUAG